AUGUCCUCCCUCCGCAACGCCGUCUCGCGGCGCCCGCACAAGGAGCGCGACCAACCCGCCGCCCGCCAAAAAUGGGGCAUCCUCGAAAAACACAAGGACUACUCGCUCCGCGCGCAGGACUAUAAUCUCAAAAAGAAGAAACUCGCGCAACUGUCGCAAAAGGCGCGGGAGCGAAACCCCGAUGAGUUCGCCUUUGGGAUGGUCAGAGACGGACAUGCCGGGCUGGGAAAGCAUAAGUCCAAGCACAGCGACGAGGACGCCAAGGGAGUCGUGCCUGGCAGGCCACUCAGUCACGAUGCAGUGAAGUUGCUCAAGACGCAGGACGCGGGGUAUCUGAGGACGGUCGCGGCGAAGGGACGGAGAGAGGUUGAGAGGUUGGAAGAAGAGGUCGGUAUGGAUACUGCUUCUCUAGGAAAGGGACAGCUGGGGAAGAAAAUAGUGUUCGAGGACGAAGAGACCGCCGUGGCGCCCAGGGGCCUCAAGCGCGGCCGGAACGGCGAAGUAAAGCACGAUUCAUUCGUCGGCGCCGAUGAGAGUCCGCAUCUCGAGGAAUCGAAGGUCGGUACAUCUGUCGUCCUGGUAACCGAAGACCAGGAGCCAAAGACGAAGUCUAAGAAAGCUCUUCAAGCAGAGAAAGACGCACUUACCCGCCUCAAGGCCGAGCGGAAGAGGAGGAAACGUCUCCAAGAGAUGCGGGUGGCGAAACUCGAGGCAUUGAAGAAGAGACAGCGAGAAAUCCUGGUGGCGACGGACCAGUUGGAACUACAGCGCGCAAAGAUGUCGAGGACGGUAGGCGGUGUCAACAAGGACGGAGUCAGGUUUAAGAUCAGGGAGAGGAAGCGAUGA